AUGGCCAUUGUGGUUGAAUCGGACAAAGCAGCUUUCAGAUGUGGUCGUGAAUGCUUGCGUUUUGGAUGCGUGCUUAGAGCUCAAUCAGCUGCCGAAUUAUCUGCGCGCUCACUAGAUUCACUACUUCAAGACUAUGCUUUCAGGGCGUUGGUUGUUCGGCCCAGAACGGGCAUUGUCUACGAUGGCAACGUGCCAUCCAACUUGACAGGGAUUAAGGUUGCAGCAUUGAGGCUGAGAAGUGGGAGCUUGAGAAGAAGAGGGGUUAACAGCUAUAAAGAAUUUCAUAUUCCAAUUGGUGUUUUGGAGCAACCUUAUGUUGAGAGGCUUGUGUUGGUCUAUCACAACUUGGCAAAUUGGUCUUCCUUGUAUUACCCUUUACCUGGUUACACAUAUUUGGCACCAAUUGUGGGUCUCCUGGCUUAUGAUGCAGUCAAUUUGUCAGCCAGAAAUCUACAGGAAUUGGACAUCCGAGCCUCCAAAGAUCCCAUAACUAUCCACCUACCGAACGUCCAACUGGUGCCUGAAGGAUUGUCGCCAAAAUGUAUUUCUUUUGGUUUGGAUGGCUCAUUUCAAUUUGACAAUGUCAUUAACCGGAGUGCCUGUUCUGCUGCAAAACAAGGCCAUUUCUCUAUAGUGGUUGAGUUCACAGCCCCGGCUCCGGCUUCGGCUCCAGCUCCUGGUGGAGGUACCGGUAGACAGGGAGGCGGCGGUGAGAAGAACAAUCACAAAGUCUGGAUAAUCGUUGGGUCUGUGGUUGGGGGAGUGCUGCUGCUGCUACUGCUAUGUAUUCUUCUUGCUUGUCUGAGGAAGUAUAGACGGCGAAGAAACAUACAGAGAAUGGAGGAAGCAGCAGAGAGAGGGGAGCCCUUGCUAAUGGCAAAUGUUGGAUUUACGAAGGCGCCAGUGGCAUUGGAGACUCGAACUAGACCAUCAUUGGAAGAUGAUUACGUGCCCUAG